UCAUGUGCAGGCGAGUCUCUAACGCGGCCAUCAUUGUUUUGUUUUUGUCUCGAUAACGGGGUCAUUUAAAGAUCAUAUGCGGGCUAUUCCUCCGUUUAUAUGAUUACUGCCGUGAACGGAGCCCGUGUUUUAGUCACAGACAUUUUAUUUUCAUUUCAAACUAAAUCAUUGCGUGCUGAAUCCACACAAACGGGAAGUCUGGUCUGCUGAUUGUAAACAUACGGUUUUGGGACAGCGCAUGACAGGUGAGAUUAACUGAGCAUUUAAAUCGAGCUCUAAAAAGAUAAAAUGACCGACAACGUGCUUCCCUGUGCGGGUAAAGGCGGUCAAACACCCGGACCCGCGGAGAGCAGCACCACCCCGUCGGACCAGGAGAACUUCCCGUACGACGCGGACGAUCCCGGCGAUGAGAGCGACGUGUUGGAGGCGUCUGACCCGAGAGACGGAGCAGCGAGCCCCGAUGAGCUCAACGACGACGAGACGUCCGGAGAGAGCGAGAAUGUGCCGAAGACCUGCAUCUAUGACGGCUGCACAGAGACCACCACACAGGUGGCCAAAGCCAGGAAACCUUGGAUGUGCAAAAAACACCGCAAUAAAAUGUACAAGGACAAAUAUAAGAAGAAGAAAAGCGACCAGGCCAUGUCAUCAGGAAAGUUAGACGAGGGUUCGGAGGAGAGGCCAGUCUCUGUUACUAAGCAACGGCUGGGUACCAUAGGAGACAGACCAGCCAGACCUUCCCUCAUUGAGCAGGUGUUGAAUCAGAAAAGACUGUCUCUGCUGAGAAGUCCAGAAGUCAUCAGCUUCCUACAGCAACAACAACGUUUGCUGACCACACAGAAUCGCACUUAAACCCAACACAACUACUGAAGAUUGAAGAUGUUUUAGGUGCAACUGUUGGAUAUCCGGUCAAGGACUUCAUGCAAUCAUGUUUUUACAAAUAUUUUAAAUAGGGAAUAUUCAGUUGAUCUGAGGACUAUCAGUAUCUCUGACCUGCAGCCACCCUUGAUGGUGUGAAGUACCAGUACUGAAAACUGGGAUGUUUUGAAAGGAUCUGAUCGAUUUUAUGUACUGCUGACAUCAUGAAGCUCUUUGAUAUCAUGAAAUUAAUUAACAGCUAAAUCUACUGUACGUCAAAAUGUAUUUGUCAUUUUACUCUUUUUAAAAUAUUGAUAGACAAUUAUAAAUUGGCAGCUCUUCUUGUAGAAAUUAUUUUAUAGUAAUUAUUGGAAUGGAAUUAGAAUGAGUAUAUUUAUUUCAUGCUCUUUUGUAACAUUAUUAUAACUUUCAUUACUUAGUCAUUAACAUUAUAUAAUGCUUAAUUGAUCAUUCAUGUACAUCAUGAACAUACAUGAAUCAAUGUUACAAGACAUUUCAAUCUACUUUAGAUAAAAUGUAAUGCAAGUUA